AUGUUUUUUCUUCUUUUUUUUUUAUUUUUUCUCUUUUUUUCUUUCUCUUUUUUUUUUCUCUUUUUCUCUCUCUUUUUUUCUUUUUUUAUUCUUUUUUCUUUUUUUCUUUUUCUUUUUUUUGUUUUCUUUUUAUUCUUUUCUUUUUUUCUUUCUCUUUUAUUUUUUUUUUAUUUCUUUUUUUCUUUCUCUUUUUCUUCUUUUUGUUUUUUCUUCUUUUUUUUCUUUUUAUUUUAUUCUUUAUUUAUUCUUUUCUUUUAUUCUUUCUCUUUUUUCUUUCUUCUUCUUUAUUCUUCUUCUUCUUUUUCUUUUUAUUCUUUCUCUUUUUAUUCUUUCUUCUUUUCUUCUCUUUUUAUUCUUCUUUUUUAUUUUUUUCUUUUUUUAUUCUUUCUCUUUUAUUCUUUCUCUUUUAUUCUUUUCUUUUUCUUUCUCUUUUAUUCUUUUUAUUCUUCUUUUCUUUUUUUAUUCUCUUUUAUUCUUUCUCUUUUAUUCUUUCUUUUUUUUUUUUUUUAUUCUUUCUCUUUUAUUCUUUCUCUUUUAUUCUUUUCUUUUUUAUUCUUUCUUUUAUUCUUUUUCUCUUUUCUUUUAUUCUUUCUCUUUUUAUUCUUUUUCUUUUAUUUUUUUCUCUUUCUUUCUUUUUUUUUUUUAUUCUUCUUCUUUUUUUUCUUUCUUUAUUCUUUCUUUUUUUAUUCUUUCUUUUUUAUUCUUUCUUUUUAUUUUUUCUUUAUAAUUUUUCUCUUUUAUUCUUUCUCUUUUUAUUCUUUUCUUUUUUAUUCUUUCUCUUUUUUCUCUUUUAUUCUUUUCUUUUUAUUUUUCUCUUUUAUUCUUUCUCUUUUUAUUCUUUUUUCUUUUUCUUUUCUCUUUUUAUUCUUUCUCUUUUAUUUUUCUCUUUUAUUCUUUUCUCUUUUUUAUUUUAAAAUCUUUUAUUCUUUAUCUUUUAUUCUUUCUCUUUUAUUCUUUCUCUUUUUAUUCUUUUUCUUUUAUUCUUUUCUCUUUUAUUCUUUCUCUUUUAUUCUUUCUCUUUUUAUUCUUUCUCUUUUAUUCUUUCUUUUAUUCUUUUCUUUUUUAUUCUUUCUCUUUUUAUUCUUUCUUCUUUGGAAUUUUAUCCUCUUUAUCUUUUUUUCUUUCUCUUUUAUUCCAUCUUUUUAUUCUUUUCUUUCAUUCUUUUUAUUCUCUUUUUUUCUUUUAUUCUUUCUUUUAUUUUUUUUCUUUUUAUUCUUUCUCUUUUAUUCUUUCUCUUUUAUUCUUUCUCUUUUAUUCUUUCUCUUUUAUUCUCUUUUAUUCUUUCUCUUUUAUUUUUUUCUCUUUUUUCUCUUUUAUUCUUUUUCUUUUUUUUUUUCUUUUUAUUUCUUUCUCUUUUAUUCUUUUCUCUUUUAUUCUUUCUCUUUUUUCUCUUUUUUCUUUUUUAUUCUUUCUCUUUUAAUUCUUUCUCUUUUAUUCUUUUUCUUUUUUUUUUCUUUUUUUUUCUUUCUUUUUUCUUUCUUUUUAUUUUUUAUUCUUCUUUUUCUCUUUGAUUUCUUUCUUUUUUAUUCUUUCUCUUUUUAUUUUCUUUUUUUCUUUUCUUUUUAUUCUUUUUUUUUAUUCUUUUUCUUUUAUUCUUUCUCUUUUUUUUUUUCUUCUUUCUUUUUAUUCUUUCUCUUUUUUUUUCUCUUUCUUUUCUCUUUUUAUUCUUUCUCUUUAUUCUUUCUCUUUUAUUCUUUCUCUUUUAUUCUUUUUAUUUUUUCUUUUCUCUUUUAUUCUUUCUUUUAUUCUUUUUUUAUUUUUUCUUUAUUCUUUUUUAUUCUUUUCUCUUUUAUUCUUUUCUCUUUUAUUCUUUUUCUUUUAUUUUUUCUUUUUUUCUUUUAG